AUAAUAAUAAUAAUAAUAAUACUUCUAGUUUGUAUCCAUGUAAUAUAAAAGAAAACAAUGAUACUAAUAGUAAUAUUAUAAUAAAACCCAAUUCAAAUGAGAAUGUAUCAACAAUGUUAAUGACAUCAGAACCAUGUUCAUCUAUAUUUUUUGAACGUAAACGUAAUAGUUUCGAUUGGGAAUCACCAAUAUGUAGUUUUAAUCAACAAACUCAAUUAAAUAAUAAUAAUUAUAAUACAAUAAAUUCAAAACAAACUAUAUUCAAAGGAAAUAAAUCAACUCAUCAUUCAAUAUGUUGUUGUUGUUGUAAUUGUUGUUAUUCAUCUAAUUAUAAUGAUUGUCAUUGUUCAAAAUCAUCCAUUAAGAAUAGUAAUGUCAAUCGUUUAAGUAUUAAUAAUAAUAAUAAUAAAUCAUCCACUUCGCAAUUGGAAACUAUUGAAACAUCUGAUAUUAUUGGUAUUAGACAACAGAGGAAAUUUUAUUCAUUUAAAUUAGAUCGUUUAAAAUUAGCCAUUAAACAUGAACAGAAAAAAUUCGUUGCUCAUCCACAUUGUCAACAUCUUUUAACCACCUUAUGGUAUGAUCAAUUACCUGGUUGGCGUAAACGUCAUCCAUUUACAAAACUAUUUCUUUGCUUUUGUUUCAUAAUUGCAUUGCCAAUAUUAGCUCCGACAUAUUUAAUUCAUCCACAUGGAUGUGUUGGCCAGCUGAUGCGAAGUCCAUUGAUAAAAUUUAUUAAUCAUAGCGCAUCAUUUGCAAUUUUUAUAUUCCUACUUUUGAUUGCAUCAACUGAUACAUUAACGAAAACAGAUUUACAAAGACGUAGUGAAAUUCGUGGACCAGAUCCAAAUGUUAUUGAAAUGUUAAUAUUAUGGUGGGUAAUUGGAUUUGUAUGGAGUGAAAUGAAACAAAUAUGGGAAGAAGGUCUUAAAGCUUAUGUUCGUCAAUGGUGGAAUUGGUUAGAUUUCUUAAUGCUUGGACUUUAUUUGACUACUGUCGCACUUCGUGUUGUUGCAGUCAUAUUACGCAAAACUAAUCAAUAUGGAACAGAACCAUUACCACGUAAUCAAUGGCCUGAAACAGAUCCAACUUUACUCAGUGAAGCAUUAUUUUCUAUUGCACAUAUAUUCAGUUUUGCAAGAAUUAUAUUUCUAUUUCAAAUUAAUGAACACCUUGGACCAUUACAAAUUUCACUUGGAAAUAUGUUAAUUGAUAUUACAAAAUUCAUUUUCAUCUUUCUCUUAGUAAUUUCUUCCUUUGCUUGUGGUCUUCAUCAAUUGUAUUAUUAUUAUCUUUCAAAUGAAGAAGACAAUAGACCACGUGCAUUUAGUUCACUUGUCAGUUCAUAUCGUACAUUAUUUUGGCAUUUAUUUGGAAGCAGUCAAUCGGGUAAUUUUGAAGUGACGUUUGUAAAUAAAACCAGCGGUGAACGUGAACGUAUGGAAUCAGCUAGAAAUACGAUGGUUGUAGGUGAAAUCCUACUAUUAAUUUAUCAUGCGAUGGCAAUUAUAGUCUUAGUAAAUAUGUUAAUUGCUAUGAUGUCUAAUUCAUUUCAAACUAUACAGAAUCAUGCAGAUACAGAAUGGAAAUUUGCUCGAAGUAAACUAUGGGUUGGUUAUUUUGAUGAAGGAUCAACGCUUCCACCACCAUUGAAUACAAUUAUAAGUCCUAAAUCUAUAAUCAGAUUCUUAUGUGGUAUAUUUCAUUUUAUAAUCUUAUUAAUAAAAAAAUGUCGAAAUUGUAAACUGUCAAGAAAUACCAAUAGUAAUAGUAAUAAACAUAAACAGACGAAAUUAAACACAUUGAAUCUUCAUUCAAAUCAACAAAAUAGUCAAACAGAAUGGGAUAUUGAAAUUCAAGAAACAAAUACAAAUGGAAUUUUUUCCAAUCUUGAUGUCGUGAAUAAACAAAAACAACAGUCUAUAAAAGAAACGAAACAAAGUAAACGAAAAACCUUUUAUCAGACAGUUAUGCGUCGACUUGUAAGAAGAUAUAUACAUCAAUCGAAGAAAACAAUGAGACAAGAUGGAGUGAAUGAAGAUGAUCUAUUGGAAAUUAAACAGGAUAUAUCAAGUUUAAGAUUUGAAAUACGUGAAGAUAGAAAACGGGAAGUUGUACGUGCUGUUUGUCAAUUAGAAAGUUUAAAACAAGAACUUGUUGGUGAAUUAAGUAAACAAAAUUCAAUAUUACAAAAUAUUCUCUUACCGAAUAAUGUUGCUACCGCUGCUUCUUCUUCUUCUUCUACUAUUACUACUACUAAUACCACUACUCCUAUCACUACAAAUUGUACAAUAUCAUCUUAUCAAAAUGCAAUUACUUCUAUUCAACAAACACUACCGAAAUCUGAAAUUGAAUUACCAUUAUCAGUCAAUAUUCAAAAAAAGCAUUCAUUACAACAUUAUAGUUCAAUGAGUAAUACUACUGAUCAAAUAUUAGAUUCAAUGAAUUCUAAAAUAAAAGAUUCUAAAAAGAAAUAUUCAUUAAAUUAUGAUAAAGAUAUUAAUUAUUUAACAAAAAUGAAUGAAAUAUUAUUUGAUUAUUCAUGGUUACCUAAUAAACAUAAUAAAAUUAAUACAGUUAAAGGAUUAUAUAUAGAUGAUUGGUAUCAAUUUAAGAAUGAAAUCAAAAUUGGAUUAAAAGAAGAACUCGUUUCAUUAAUUAAAAAUAAAUAUUUAAUAGUGAAUAAUGAAAAAUUAUUAAAUGAAUUAGAAACUACUAAUAAUAAUGAUAUUAGUAAUCAGAUUGUAUCAACAUCAUACAAUUCAUUGACAAAUGAAAAUAAAUUAGAUAUUAUUCAGAAUAAAAUUUGUAAUAAACAUUCUGAAAAAACAUUUCCAAAAUUUACACAAACAAAUUAUAACUUUAGAAGAAAUUCUAGACAGAAUGAUAAUAAUACUGAAGAAAUAAAACUAUCACAUUCAAAAUAUCCAGACAAUAUCGAAGAGAAAUCAUCCUGUUCAACAUUCAAAUUAUCAUCAUCAUCAUCAUCAUCACCCCCGCGAUCAUCUGUUCCAAACGAGACUCUAUCAUCAGCAUUAAUACCAUCGUCAUCAUCACGAUCCCAUGAUCAAUACCUUAUAGCUAGUACAAAUAAAGCAAUGAAAAAUGUAAACAUAUCAAAUACCUCACGUAUUAUACCUACUGUAUCACCAACUCCGACUAAUAUCACUACUACUAAUAAUAGUAGCAGUAGCAGACAUCGUAACAACAAACUACCAAGAGACGAACAUAAUAUUGAUAAAAAUGAAGGAAUAAUCAAAAUCUAUGAAACUUCUAAUAUCCAUUACGAAGAUGAUAGUAGUAGUUCAACAAUUAGGAAGUGAUCAUAUAUUUUCUGUCAUAAAUCAAUAAAUGAUUUUAAAAGAUUAUUACCAUUAUUAUUAUUAUUUCAAUAACGAUCAUGAUCACCUGUAAACAACAUCUAUUUUAUUUUCAAUUAUUAAAAGAGAAAUUUUUCUGAAAAGAAAAUAAAGCUGAAUAUUUAUUAGCUAUAAGAAAUACUUCAAAGAUAGAAUUCUAUUCAUUGUAUCCUGUAAAAUAAUUUAAUACACAAACUUUAAAGAUUCUUCUCAUUUUUUUAAAAAAAAAACAAAAGAAAACAAAAAUGGGAUACUACAUUGAUAAAUAUUAGUUUGUAUAUUUUACAGACUAACAUAAAUGAAUCUACCUUAACAGUAUGAAAAAUUAAAAUAAAACGCCCGAAUAUAUAACAAUAAUUUACAUAAAUUACAUAUAACAUAAAUGUUUCAUUUCAAUUAUUCAUUUAUAGUAUGAUUAUUUUCUUUAUCAAAGUAAUAUAAUAGAAACAGAAAAUUAAUAAGAAACUAAUGAGCGUUUUAAUGUAAUAAAUAAAUAAAUAAAUC